AUGCCGUUGAGUCCACGCCUUAUGUGCGCUGCAGAUCCAAAAUUUCGUAGCGCAGGUGAUGUGGACAAGGCAAAGGCUGAACGCAAGGCCGCCCGAAAGGCGGCACCAGCGGCGCAGGCGCAGGACGCCGAAGAAGUGCCGGACGAGGAGGCGACAGCCAGAGCGGCCAGAAAAGCGGCCAGAAAAGCAGCGGGUGCAGCCCUGGAGUCCCAGACCAACGUGAUCGAUCCAGCAGCAGAGGAGAAGGCAGCGCGCAAGGCUGCCCGGAAAGCGGCUCGCGCAGCGGCGCGCAACGAGUCCGAGGAGCCCUCCGCACCCAGCACGGUCGAUGCCGCGACGAACCCUCGCGUCGGCAAGAGGAAGGCGUGCCCCAACGACCUGCGCAGCCCCGCUGACGCGAAGCAGCAGAAGCCGGCACAGGGCAGUGCAGGUGCCACUGGGGGCCUUGGUGCCGCUGCCUUCCGGAAGCUCCACGAGAUCCUCGUCGACGCCUCCUGCCCCGCGCCGCUCGAGUCCUUCGGGGCGGCCGCGCCCGUCCUCGGCAAGGCUCUUGCGAAGGCGCUCGCCACCCAGGGCUACGCCGCCCCGAGCCCCAUCCAGGCGCAGUCCUGGCCGAUCGCCCUGGCAGGCCAGGAUAUCGUGGCCGUGGCGAAGACCGGCAGCGGCAAGACCUGCGGCUUCCUGCUGCCGGCCCUCGCGCGCAUCGGCGAGCGCGGGCCGGCGACGGCCCCGAGGAGGUUGUCGUGGUGGAGCUGCGAGCCAGCGCGGCCGAGCGCCCUCGUCGUGGCGCCAACCCGCGAGCUGGCGCUGCAGAUUGCCGGCGAGGCCGAGAAGUUUGCGCCCGCCGUGCGGGCUCGGGUGGUGGUGCUCUACGGGGGCACGCCGAAGGGCCCUCAGGUCGGCGAGCUGAAGCAGGGGGCGGACAUCGUCAUCGCCACGCCGGGGCGCCUGAACGACCUGUGCGCGGGCGACCCGAAGCGUGGCCUCUCGCCUUCGAUCGUGCUGGAGGGGGUUACUUAUCCUCUUGUGCUCGAUGAGGCCGACCAGAUGCUCGACAUGGGCUUCGAGCCUGCCAUCCGUGAGAUCGUCGCACAGUGCCCGAAGGUCGGCGCGCCGGAGGAGGGCGGAGGUGCCGGCGGAGCUCGCGGCGGCACCCGGAGGCAGACGUUGUUCUUCACCGCGACCUGGCCGAAGAAGGUGCAGGCCAGCGCCGCCAGUCUCACGAGCAAGGCGGCCGUGCAGGUUCGCAUCGGCCAGGGCGCCGGGGGGGACAAGCUCACUCUGAACAAGAAUGUGACGCAUCAGGUGGUCAUGGCCGAGUUCAAGCAGAAAGUUUCGGCGCUGCAGGGCUACAUCAAGCAAAGCUUCGGGCCAAAGGAAAGCGCGGUCGUCUUCGCCUCGACGAAGGGUGCCUGUGAUUUUCUUGAGCAGAAGAUGCAGGAUAAUUUCAAAGGAAUCUGGUGCCGGGCCCUUCAUGGUGACAAGGAGCAGUGGGAGCGUGAGGAGAUGCUCGGCCAGUUCCGCGCCAAGGUGGCGGCCGGACAGCAGGCCGUCCUGGUGGCCACGGACGUCGCGGCACGCGGCCUGGACGUCCCGGGCAUCUCCCUCGUCGUCGUCUACGACUUCACAAUACCAGACAGCCCGCGGGCGUCGCCGUGGAGAACUACGUCCACCGCGUCGGACGCACUGGACGCGCGGGCAAGACGGGGCGCGCCCUGA